GUUACGGGCAUCUGUUUCCGCUUCUUAAGGUUUAGUUGUCUACUCAGUCUACUUAGCCUCAUUCAUUCAUUGUCAACAAAGUAAGUAAUAACAUAUAAACUUAUUAAAUUAAAUAAAACAACAUUAUCUUUAAUAGUGCUACUAGUAACUAGUAGUAUAUCAUUCAAGUAGUCAGGAUUUACGGAUUUAUAAUUUUAUUGUAGGGGACGGUGGUAAAAUCAUUGUAAUUGUAAGUUAUUGAAAGUAAGAAUAAGUCACAAUCACAAGUGUAAGUGAGUGCGUGUGAGUGACCCAAUUUUAAUUUUUAAAUUAGCCCUGCCCUAUCCUAUUUCUGAUUCCUAGUAAUAAUAGUAGUAGUCUUAGUCUUCGUAAUAGUAUCUGACAUGAGAUCUCAAUCUGGCUAUAACUAUAACUAUCAUUAUCAUUUAGUUAGGCUACUUGAAAAGUGUCUACUAGAGCAGAGCAGAGUUUCCCAAAAAUUUUUGUGCCAUGCCAGCUGUCUUGCACAUUUGGUCGAAUUGGGAUAUUGGGUUUCUGUUUCCUUACCAAAGCCAUGCCAUCUCUCUUUUUAUAUUAAAUAAAGUUUUAACAGACUCAUCAUUUUUGCAAUCUGUGUGUUCUUCUUGAUAAUUGAAUACUUGAAAUAUCAGGAAAAUCCACUAACAUUGGCUGCUUCAUCAAAGUAGGAAAAUCAAUUUGUUUUAUAUUAUUUAUCGAAAUGAAAAAUUUAUUUUAAAUCAUGUAUUCACAUAUUAAAAUCUAGAAAUUUUAUGUUCAACUCAGCUUUUAGAUGCACAAAGAGUUAAAAUCUUGCACAAGAUUUCUUCUAUCUUGUGUUCAGCAACACAGAAAUCGCCAGAGAGUUUUGAAAAGUCCAUUUUCAACGUGUUUGACUUGUUUUUCAACUUCUUCAGUCAACAAUAAGGUAAACAAGCAAGAAAUAAUAUACUCUGAUUAUUUACUUUUUAAAACAUAGUAAUUAUUAUGAGAAUGAGUUUAUCUAGCCAUAAAUUUACAUUUUCCAUGAGUUUGUUUAUAUGUUCUGGCUUAAUCUGCUAUGUUACUAGCAUAAAAAUAAUGUCAGGCUUUUAAAAAAAGAGCUAAGUACAAAAUGUGGGUAAUUUCCUGUAUAGCUUUUUAUGAUAUUGGCAAUUGCCAUAAGUGAGAACUUGUGAGGCCUGGGAGAAUGAUUUGUUUCCCAGUCAGCAGAUCCUCUAUCUUUAUGCAGCUGGUGAUCUGGAGGUAAAAGAACAUCAUAUGAACGUUAAAAGACAGUGGAAGUUUGUGGUCAGAGUUUUUCCUUCUCAAAGAUGAGCCACCAUCUGAGGUCGAUGGGUCUGAUUUACAGAGUUCCCUUGUUUUUGUGUUGCUCUGUUGGUCAUGAUAUUGCAUGGGGUUUGAACACAGAUGGCGAGAUACUAAAAUUAGUUUUAUCAAUAAAUCCUAUAAUUUGCAUUCAAAACACUAUUAAUUCCUAUGUACAUAUUUUAAGUCUCUUUGAUUACUUCAGAUAUAAAUCUCUGCUUUGACUGAUUCAUAUGCCACACUCUCAAGCCCCUAAAAAAAAACCCAAAACAUUAUUAGCUUAGCUUGUAAAUGCACAUAUGAUGUUCACAUCAUCAGAUGAGUGAAAAAUAUCUGGGGAACUGAUCUUACAUAAAUCUAAUCUAGUGAGUGAAAUCUUUAAUUUUUAUUAAUUAGGAACAUAUAUUUUUACCUGCCAUUGGUCAAUAACAAAGAUUUAGUCAUGCUAUUAAUUAUGUUAAUUAGAUCCCCAUUUUAAGGCAACGGCACAACAUUACACAAGUAAGUUGGAUAACUUUUUGUUUUUAACCAAAGGUCUUUGCCAUUGUAAAUUUUUUUUUUAGAUUUCUAAUAUAAACAAAAUGUGUAUCUACAAAGUUUUUGUUGUUUUUUAUUAAAUAAAAGCUUUUUUUAUUUCCAUUUAUUACCUUGUGUAAGAAACUAUAAAAAGCAGAAUUGGAAUAAAGUAUUAGUGUUGACAAUAUCAAUAUCACAUAUGCUAUCCAAAAUAAUGUACUAAUAAAAAAUAAAGUUAUAGAACGUAUUGACAUCGAUAGCUAUAUAACUUUUAUGUAUUGUAACUUAAUUAUUUUAUAUAGAGACAUUAAUGCAAAAGUUAAAUCAUUCUUGGAAAUAAUGUCUAAAGGAUAUACUUUUUAAGGUGAGGUCAUGCAACCAUUCAAAUUUAGACAAAACAAAAUUUUAAUUUUAAAAAUGUAGUUUUUUUUUUAAUGACUGAAACUCUUUGAGUUUGAUGUAGCUACAUUCAGAGUAGUAUACUUAAAUUUUAAAUAAUACCUCACAAAAAUACUUUCUGAAUAGAUCAUGUAAUACAGGGGAAUAGUUUGUGCAAUAAUGUUGUCCUGGAUAAGGUAGGACAGUCAUUUAAAAUUCAAAUUUAUUUCUAACACUCUAUGCUUCAGUGGCUAAUUAUAGUUUUAUGAAAUCAUAAUGGUAUUUUUCUAAAUGGGCUUAUCAGGAGAAGUCUCUGGAGUCAGUAAUUUAUGUUGUGCUGACCUAAUUAUGGGGCUAUCACACUGAUGGCACACAUUCACCAUGCAUGCACAACCUGUUACAUACAGCUUAACUAAGUUACAUUUGUGGAUUGGCUUAAUUGACCAAAGCUGUGUUAAGGUUGUUCAGACUGUACAGUUUAGCUACCUCAAAUUGACUAAAAUACUACCUUUUAACAAAAAACUAUUUAAUUAUGUUCAGCUAUCUUUAGUUUAAAAGAGUAAAGAAAAAGUAAUUUUUUUCCUAAACAAAGCUUAAGGUCAGAAAGUGUAACAAGUACUUUUAUUAUCAACAAGAUAUGCAUUCCAAUUUUUUUUCUUAUUCACUAUUAGGACUAGGAAGUAAUGUGUUAUUCUCAGUUCAAAUUUUGAAAACUUCUCAAAACCGUUUUAUUUCCAAUGGUGAAGGGUUUAAAUUUUUGUAAAAGCAAAAUGAUUAACUUUAUUUGACAGAAGUCAAUUUGUAGAAUAUUAUAAAUUUUAAUCUGUUUUUAGCUUAUGAUAUAUCACUGUUAUUAGGAAAAGAAGAGAGAGAGAAAAAAAAAAAGAACUACUGAGACAUUUCUAAACAUUUUGAGAAUACAAGUUGUUUACAUUUUUCUGGCUCCUUUUGAUCCUUAAUUGUUCAUCACAAAUGGUUCACACCAUGUCAUUUAACAAUUCACAACAUCAAAAUAUAGAUAUAAUUGAAAUUUUUUAAAAUGAUAAGUAAGGAAAAGUUUUCAUCAUAUUGCUUCUCUUUAUUCAUCAAAUUGCUUCUCUUUAUUCAUCAUAUUGCUUCUCUUUAUUCAUCAUAUUGCUUCUCUUUAUUCAUCAUAUUGCUUCUCUUUAUUCAUCAUAUUGCUUCUCUUUAUUCAUCAAAUUGCUUCUCUUUAUUCAUCAUAUUGCUUCUCUUUAUUCAUCAUAUUGCUACUCUUUAUUCAUCAUAUUGCUUCUCUUUAUUCAUCAAAUUGCUUCUCUUUAUUCAUCAUAUUGCUUCUCUUUAUUCAUCAUAUUGCUACUCUUUAUUCAUCAUAUUGCUUCUCUUUAUUCAUCAUAUUGCUUCUCUUUAUUCAUCAUAUUGCUUCUCUUUAUUCAUCAUAUUGCUUUUCUUGAUUCAUCAUAUUGCUACUCUUUAUUCAUCAUAUUGCUUCUCUUUAUUCAUCAUAUUGCUUCUCUUUAUUUAUCGUAUUGCUUCUCUUUAUUCAUCGUAUUGCUUGUCUUUAUUCAUCUUCUUGCUUCUCUUUGAAUGGCAAAUGAUAGAAUCUGAAAACUUUAUUUCUAAAAAUCUUCUAAUAAUUUUUCUUAAUGUCUCAAAGAUGACGUCCAGAAAGUUUGAACUCGCCAAACGAGUGCAAGGCACAGAAAAAAAUGUCUGGUAUGUCACUUUGUUAUUGCUUGUUGUACACAGCAUAACUGUAAUGUAGCACUUAAGAAAAAUACAUUAAUGUAAUUGCUAAGAUAUGUACACUCUUUUAAACAAUUGGUCUCUAUUGUUUGUUUUUUUUUGGUCAUGGAGGGAGGCAUCAGAAAUUUAUUUUAAAUUUUGAAAAAAUCAAAUGGUCAACUCUUCUUCCCCUAGGGUUGAUAUAUCCAAACUUGCAGUUGAACAGAAUUCCAUAAAUUUAGGACAAGGUUUCCCUGACUUCAUGGCACCCCAUGACAUUGUUAAUUGUUUGAAAGACACUGUCAACAGUGACAGCCCAGCUGUCCAUCAGUACGCUCGCAGCUUUGUAAGUACUUUGAUCUUGCUUCCUGAAGCUUAUAAAACUCUUUGUGUGGGAAAAUUUUUUGUAUUUUUCUUUUGCAUCUUUAAGUAUCGAAACCAGGGCUUAAGUCUUGCAGGAAUGCAAUGGAACGAUAUUAUUGUUCUUUCUCCACAACAGGGAGGCCUUCCCGAUUAGCACAGUGGUCGGCAAAUCGUGACCCCCAUUAGAAACUAGGUUCAUACAUGGAUGGACACAGAAAGAAGUCAUGCGGAGGGCUCUCUUUUGAAGCUAUUGUGCCUAAAUUAUUGCACAGUUUGCCUCAGUCUUUGAGGGAAAUAAAAAAUAAUAAAAAAUCAUUUAAGAGGCAUUUAAAGACAUUUUCCUUUAAAUAGAUUUUACGACAUCAGAGCGCUGUGAGUAUGCUAGAAUAGCAUGGACACAAGCGCUAUACAAGGAAUCAAUUAUCUUCAUCAUCAUCAUCAUACAUCUGCCAUAAAGCCCUCAUGAUAAAGUUUUUGUCAUAACUUAGUUAAUUUUGUAAUGAUAAAAUGACUCCCUUGUGUUGUUUUUUUCCCCAGGGACAUCCGCGACUGGUGAAAGCACUGGCUGAGUUGUACGAACCAUUCCUUGGGAGGCAGAUUGAUCCCAUGACAGAAAUUCUCAUCUCUGUUGGGGCUUACGGGGCUCUCUUUUGUGUCAUUCAGGGAUUAGUGAACCCAGGCGAUGAGGUAUGAAGGUUGGGAUUUUUUAAUGGAAGCUUGGAUUGUUGAAUGGGUGGCUGGAUCUCAUAAACUGUAGACAGCAAUGUAAUGUUCUAGCAUUUAAUGUCAAUACAAAUAGUUGGAUUGUUGAGUGGGUGGCUGGAUCUCAUAAACUGUAGACAGCAAUGUAAUGUUCUAGCAUUUAAUUGUCAAUACAAAUACAUUGGAACCCCGCUAUAAUGCGUUGAUCGGGGUCCAUAAAAUCGGAUAGCGUUAAAAGCGGGGUUGCGUUAAUGCGCCGUCUUACAAUAUUUCUACAGGAAGAAAGCCUCGUUUUCGGCAUUAAUUUUGAUACCAGUUUAGUUGUGAUUUUUUUCGCUUUCCAAACAAUGGAUAAAAUUUUCAAGAACUUAGGCCUGAUGGAGUAAAUGAAUUUCAAAUUUCGGGAGCCAUGCUACGACCGUGUUAUAUUCGAAUUCACGUUAUGGCGGGCGCGUUAUAGCGGGGUUCCACUGUAGUUGGAUUGUUGUAUGGAAAGUUGAAUGAAUGAAUAGUUUGAUUGUUGUAUGGUGUGUUGAAGGGAUGUUUAGAUUGUUGUAUGGUUAAUUAGAUUGUUGAACAGGUCGUUUGAUUGUUGAACCGGUGGUUUGAUUGUUGAACCGGUGGUUUGAUUGUUGAACCGGUGGUUUGAUUGUUGAACAGGUGGUUUGAUUUGUUGAACCGGUGGUUUGAUUUGUUGAAAGUCCCCCCCCCCUGAUGUUAUUAUCCACCAUCCUCUCUUCCUCUUCAUUUAUUCUCCCCUCGGUCGCCCCAUUGAAUUGCUCACUGUAAUAGUUCAAUUUUGCAUAAAAACUUAUUCGGUUUUAUAUUGUUUUUUCUAUUUGAACUACAGUGGGUUCAUUGUAAAGAUGGGAUACAUUUACCAUUCAAGGAAUAUUUUUAAAAAAAAUAUAUUGGAAUCUGCACAUACUUCUUUCACCACUAUAUCCACUUAUCAUUUGUUUGUCUACAAGGUUAUUAUCAUAGAACCGUUUUUUGACUGCUACCAGCCAAUGGUGAAAGCUGCAGGUGGAACACCAGUCUUUGUGCCACUGAGGCCUGUAUGUUGGUUUAUUGAUCGUUACCAUUCAAAGAUUGUGUAUCAGUUAAAAACCCUCUUUUUGCAUCUAACUGGAACUAUUAAAAAUAAAAAUAAAAUAUUCUCUUUUAAAAUAAAUUAUUUUUAUCCCAAUUGACAGAAUUUUUAGAAGACAGGUUUAUAUAAAAGUGUAUAAAAUGAACUGUAGUUAGUUACACCCUGUAGUUAUUUUGUGUGGGAACCACUGUUUGUUUGAUAUGUGUCCUUUUAUUCUCCGGAAGACUAAAGAUGGAAGCGUCACGUCCAGUGCUGACUGGAAGCUGGACGAGGGUGAGCUAAGCAGUAAAUUUAACAGUAAGACAAAACUCAUCAUUGUCAACACUCCCAACAAUCCACUAGGCAAGGUCAGUACAGGCAUACACAUCUCAUCUAUCUACCAACGCACACCUCGUCUACAGAAGAACAUCUCAUCCAUCUACCAAUGCAUACCUCAUCUACAGAGAAACAUCUCAUCCAUCUACCAACGCACACAUCAUUUACAGAGGAACAUCUCAUCCAUCUACCAACGCACACCUCAUCUACAGAGGAACAUCUCAUCCAUCUACCAACGCACACCUCAUCUACAGAGGAGCAACUCAUCCAUCUACCAACGCACACCUCAUCUACAGAGGAACAUCUCAUCUAUCUACUUGUGCAUAUCUAUCUGCACUUGUACAACUCAUAUAUCUACACAUUAACACUUCAAUUCUCUGCACUUGUACAUACUUACUUUUGUGCUACAUACUAAUUUAUUUUCCGUGUUUUAAGUACCUCUUUUUUUUAAUAAUUAACUUAUCUUUUUAAGUAUUAUCUUUUUAAGUAUUUUAUUAGCACUGGUUUAGAAGGCCAGGCCUCUGUUGUUGUUGGUCAGUCGGGAGUUGACCAUGACCACUUUAAUCUACAGAGUUUGUCCAGGCCUCUACUUAAAACUUGACCUAUGCAGGUUUAAUACUUUACCAAUGCAGUUUUAAUACUUGACCAAUACAGGUUUUCACCAGAGAAGAGCUCCUCGUCAUUGCCAACCUGUGUAAGAAACAUGAUGUUGUGUGUGUGGCUGACGAAGUCUACGAAUGGAUGACUUAUAAUGGCAAUCAACACAUUAAAAUUGGUUGGUGAAUUUGUACUGAUAAUUAAAUGCGAUAAAACUUUGCAAUGUUGUCUACAAUUUACUUGAGAUGCCAUUUUUCUGAUAUAUUUUAUUAAUAUUUUAACUUGAGGACAGUGGUGGGCCACAGAUGUAAAAUUCUGCACUCAAGAAUUGGUCCAUAAAUGAGCCAAAUAGUAGUGGUCCAUAAAACCAGCCAAAUAUUAGUGGUUCAUGAAACAAGCCAAAUAGUAGUGGUCCAUGAAACCAGCCAAAUAAUAGUGGUUCAUAAAACCAGCCAGUCAGUAGUGGUCCUUGAAACAUGAAACCAGCCAACCAGAUGUGUUUAGCUAGGCUGAAAGGGAAAACUUCAAACAGUGGAGAUCGUGUUAAGAUCUUCAUUUUCAUAAUCUCUUGUGAAGUACGGGGUGUCGUUAAAAAGCCGUAUUGCUUUUCCUCCUUUGCAUUUUUAGGAAGGCGAAAUUGUUUACCUUUGAAAUGGUAGAGUUUAAAAUAUUUGUGUCAUUUGCAGCCACUUUGCCAGACAUGUGGGAGAGAACAGUCACCAUCGGCAGUGCUGGGAAGACAUUCAGUGUUACGGGCUGGAAGAUUGGCUGGACGGUAGGACCACAACAUCUGGUCAACUGUGCUCAAAUCAUGCAUCAGAACUGCACUUACAACUGUCCAACACCAAUACAGGUGUGAAUGACACUACAUACAAUAGUCCUAGUGCGUCCAUAGCAAGUGUUUCUGAGUUCAGGUCUAUGUCCAUGGGUUUGAAGGUCACUUUUAGACAAUCUUUAAGGUGUUUUUUUCUGCCCACCAAUUAAGCAUUUCCCUCUUAAAAGUUCAUCUGACAUUAGUUGUUGUAGGCAAUUCUAUUGUCUGACAUAGUGCAACAUGUCCUGCCCAUCUGUCUUGUCCUUUUUUUCUUUUUUGUUUUGUUUAUAUGGAUAAUACCCAAACUAGAGCUGACAGGAUUUAUAUUUAGUCUUGCUGACUCAAGAUUUAAAAAAAAAUAAAGAUCUUAGAAAAGGUUACUGACUAAUUCUUAAUGACUUUGAUACAUAUUUUAAUUGUAAUUUCUUCUAGUCUGAAGUGGUUUGCAACCGAUGCUCAAUGGGGCCCUAAAACACUAUUAACUUGUAAGACAUAGAGUAGGCCUGAGGGCUCCCCCCGCCCCAUAGAAAUUGAUUCUCAUAGGGCCCUGCAACUGAAAAAGGUUGGGGACCUUUGCUCUAACUAAAAGUCAAAUCUAUUCUGAACUGCAGGAAGCUGUGGCCCGUGGGCUGGAGUUAGAAAAGUCAAGACUGGGCUCCCCUGGCAGCUAUCUCAUAUCUUUGGCUGCAUCCCUGAAACCAAAAAGGGACAAACUGGCAAGUGUUCUGGAGGAAGUUGGCAUGAAGCCUGUCAUACCAGAAGGAGGCUACUUCAUGAUGGCUGAUUACACCAGCAUGGGUUUGUGAACAUCUAUUUCAUUGUAAUAUUUGUUUGGUGUUUUUUUUUAAUGUAUUAUUUUGAUAAUUAAUUAUGUCUUGUUUCAAAGCUCAAAAAUAGAACUUAUCAAUUUCCUCUGCAGUCGCAAAGCAUCUUUAAGAUGGAGGAUAAGGAUGCUGGCUGCCAUCUCAUGCCAUUUUGCACUCAUAUAGAUACAGUAGAACAGGCCUUUCGUUUGUGGGAAAGAUUCAUCUCUACUGAAAUAAAAUGUUGAAAAAAAUGUGUGGUUUUUUUUUAUGCAGCCUACAAUAAAAUCUCAGACGAAGACACACUGACAGCUUCAACUGAGUUCUUCUUCAUUGGAUUUAAGAAAUUAUAGUAUUAAAAUGAAGUUACACCGACCAUGGUAUAAAUUAUUUAAGUUAAAGUGCAAUCUGAAAUAAUCAAAGUUAACAGAAUUAUUUCAGGAAUUUUUAUUUCAUUUUCAGAGGCCGAUGUUCCUGAAAGUGAUGAGGCCAAAGAUUUUAGAUUUUCUAAAUGGAUGACCAUCAACAAGGUAAGACACUAGCCAUAUUUUUGGCCAUUCACCUUAUGUUAUUAGCGACUUAAUAGCCCAAUUAUUUUUAUCUUUUUAAACCGUUCCAUUUAAUUUUAUCCUCCUAGAAAUUGACAGUGAUACCUCCCUCUGCAUUCUACUGUAAGGAACACGAGCACAUGGCUGAAAACUAUGUCAGAUUUUGUUUUAUUAAGGUAAGUUGGCAUUGCGUAAAUGAUGAUGCAUUUUCGUGGCAUUCAGAAUUAUGUUCAGACCGAUUUUUUUUAAUGUGAGAACUUUCUUUGGAAACAUUAAAGGAACUAAUAUUAUAAGUGAUAAAAUGAGUCAUUCUGUAAACAUUUUUUUAAAAAUACACAACUGCCACUAAUUAAGCCUGAAUCAAUACAUUGUUGAAGGCAACCAUUCGUAUAAUGAUGAUAAUUUGAAAAGCUAAUUGCGAUAAUGAAUCUAAAUAUUUGUAUUCUUUAGGAGGACAGUACUCUAGAGAAGGCAGCAAAUGUCCUUCGUCACUGGAAAAAUUGAUGUUAAAUUUUUGUUUAGGUAAAUUUCUUUUAUAAUGUGAGUUGUUCCUGCCUCUGGUUGAUAGUUGUAUAUACAGAUUUUAUAUUUUAUAUGGUUUAGAUUAAGUUUACAUUGACAGAUGUUACAUUUUAAAUGGUUUAGAUUAGGUUUACAUUCAUACAUCAGGGUCAUAAUAUAGAAUAAUUCAACUAAAAUUGUUGAUGCUUGCUGUGGGGAUGCUACACCCAAAUGUUGCAUGUAUUUUAAGUAUAUUAGUGGGGACAAGAUAUGUUUAGGCUUGAAGACAAGACAAUUAAGCUGAUGUUUUGGGUAGCUGCAUGUUCUGAACAUUGAGCUACACUGUCUUUAUUGGGAUCUUCGUAAACAAAAGUUUUAUUUAUUUAAUUUAAAUUUAUCUAUUGUUUAUUGUAUUGUUUUAACGAAGGCAUCUUGCCGAGAUGUCCACUUAAUUGUCAUGUCUCUUAUUUUCAAGCAUUAACACUUCUUGUUCCACUAUUUAUUUACUUUACAUGGCUUGAACACAGUAUCUAAAUUUAUUUAUUUAUUUACCUCAAUUUUUUUUAAUGUAUCCAUCUUUUUUUUUUUAGGUGAAAAUGUUAUUUACUUUUGGGUGUUGCCUUACAAUACUUACAUGAGAAUAAAUCAAUCUAUUAUGUUGUUGUUUUUUGUUAAAUUAAUUAUUUUAUUGUCAUUUCUCUUAUUUUUAAGCAUUUACACUUUUUUUUCCACUAUUUAUUUUCUUUACAUGGCUUUAACUCAGUUUCUAAAUUUAUUUAUUUAUUUACCUCAAUUUUUUUUAAUGUAUCCAUCUUUUUUUUUUUUAGGUGAAAAUGUUAUUUACCUUUGGGUGUUGCCUUACAAUACUUACAUGAGAAUAAAUCAAUCUAUUAUGUUGUUGUUUUUUGUUAAAAUAAUUAAUAAUAUUAAGAAAUGUAUUUGUUACUUUUCUGGCUGCCUGUUUAUAUAAUUAAUCAAUAAUUAUUGAACUACUGAAUCUGUUUCUAUCAGUGAUUUCCAAUUUUCACUCCUUCAACUUGUAUGUUGAAUGUUUGGAAGAAAUUCCAUUGGUAAAAUGUAUUUAAUGUAAGUUUAUGAAAAUGUUGUUGUUUUGUUCUUCACAGUUUAAAUUAAUGCAAUUGAAAAGACUGGUAACUGAAAAAAUGUUGCUUCUUAAUAUGUCUUCUUUUGAUAUUACUUGAGUGGUUAUUAAAUGAUGUCCAAAAUAGAAGGCUCUGACUUUUGUGGUGACCUAGAUUAGAACAUUAGGAAAUUGUUUUAAGCUACUUCAAUGCCUUUUUCUAUUAUAGUAUCCUUCAUUUUUAUUGUAUACCACUUAUAUUAACUUAUAAGAAAAGAUAUGAUAAAUUUCUGCCUUAAAAAGGUGAUAUUAUAAUUGAAUUAUAAAAUUAGAUCAUAGAUUCAUCAAUAUUUAUCCUACACUCACAAAUUUGGUCAGGAUAUUUGUUAUCCUGAUUCUACACCCAAUAAAGAUAAUCAGAGAAGUGUCAUGUGACGUUUUUGCCCUGUGUUUUAUAUUAUAUUCCUGAACUGAAAUACAUUUUAAAUUACAUUUUUUGAUAGAAAGACACGAUUCUGUAAUUUAAAGAUACUUUUUUUAAAAAAAUGUAUUUAACUUACUUUACUUGUUAGUUUACUGAUCCCAGAAUGAGAUAUUAUAAUGUAACCUUUGUUGAAAUAACAAAAGUAUAUUUGUAUUUUAAAAAAUUAGCAACAAUAUUACUUUUUGUUUUUUAAAAUACAAAUAUAUUUUUUGGCUCAAAAAAGGUCAAGCCAGUGUACUUGAUGCAUUUGACAGACGCUGUGGUUCUUAGUUCAUCCUCCGUGGUGUAUUUAUUUUAAGAUUCAUUUGUAGAAACAGAGUAGGGAGUAAUUAUUCUAUUACCCAUUGGUAAUAGGCAGACUGUUAGGUGACAAUAAACCAGUGACUACUGGUAAAACUCUCUCCUAUUUAAUGUUCAUUUUAUUUUUAAUUCUUUAUAUUUAAUCCGCUUUUGUUCGUGGGCGCGGCUGGCAAAAACUUGGUCCAUAAACUCAUUAACUAUGACAAAGAUGCUAUCAAAUUUUCAGCGGCGCACCCCACCCCCCUCCCCAAAAAUCUUUUUUUUCCUGUUUUUCUAGGGCAAGAUGGAGGAAAUAUGAUUUCACGAAAUAAAAUUCCAUAUAACAGAUAAAAUAUCGCAAGAGCAUUCGGUGCGUAACAUUUUCUUUUGUUUUUCUGAAAUAAUUGGUAAAAUUAAUCGGCGGUGUGAAAGCGGGUGGGUCAUUAGAGUAUUAAUAAAGUUCAGGGGCAACAUUUAACUGGGAUGCUUAUUACGCACUUUGUGCAUGAUUUGUCACAUUUUCAGCGA